ACGCUGGAGCAGGAAGUGUCUUUAGGAAUGGGAUGUUUGGGGUGUUGGGAUGCUAAUUCCAGUGGCUGAGAUAUCGGCGUGGAAGCUGUGUAAAGCGAUUCCAGCCUGAUCAAAGUGCCUUCUUCCUUCCUGUCCUGUAACGUGAUCACGGGCCAGAGAGCUGCUCCCGAUCCUGCUUCUAAUUCCUGUUGUAAAUGCACAGCCUUGGAAGGAGCACUCAUGCCUUACCGCUGUGAUCAUACAACCAUAGAAGGGCUUAGGUUGGAGGGGACCUUAAAGAUCACUCUGUCCCAACCCUCGGCUGUGGGCAGGGCUGCCCCCCAGCAAAUCACACUGCCGGCACGCAGGCUCAUGUCCAGGGGUCACAGACAGAGCCAGAGAUGCACUGUCUGUGGUCGGGAGAGCGCGAGUAACUCAUGGCUGGAAAAGGACCGGACAUCUCUGUGCUGCUUUUUGCUGGAGGAACCGCCGCCUCCAUCCCUGCUGUCCAUGACGCUGGGCAGCUCCCUGUAAGCUGACUCUGAGGGCUUUUAGGGCUGCCUCAAGCACCCCAGCCUUGUCCCACAUUUCCUCUCCUGAGUCUGUGGGAUGAGGGGGAGGAAGAAACUCUUGGCUGGAAUGCCAAGGCUGUGCAUGGGAAUCUUCUGGCUGUUGGUCUUCAGAUGUGUCGACCAUGGCCUGUGUUGUGCUGGCUCAGAGACUCCUGAAUCGGCUUACCAGUCAGUGUUACUGGAAACCCUGUGUCCCAUUUGCCUAUAUGAAAAUGUAAACAGCCAUCCCAGUUCCAAGAGUGGUGUUGUUUCCAGUUCUCCCGUUAGAUAGCCUCUGCGCUCUUCCUCCCUAACUGUACCCAACUCUUUGUCAAUGCCAUCACUCUUCUUGUUGGUGCAUUCUGGGUUCUGUAAUGGACAGUAUAACUGGAGCUGAGUGUAUGGGCUGAGCUGGGAGUGCUUAAUGCCCUCAGUUACUGUACCAAGUGCAAGUGAGACUGGUCGGGAGCAUUAUCUGGCUGCAGAGAACAGGGCCCUGGCCACAGAGAGCACUGCAAACCUCAAAACUUGGGCCUCCUGUGAGCCUCAGAUGUGAGGGCUGGAGGAGAUUUGGAAGCCCUUGCCAACUCUGCACCAUAAAUCAAUGAGGCAUCUCUCUCCUGUUGGAGAAGAGGGGCUGGCUGGGGGCAGCCCCGAGGAAAGGUUGCUGCUUGGCCCCUCCUUGCGGUGUCUGCGUUUGGCUGCUGUUAAACAUUCAUCCUGCAGCCCUUCCAGAGGGCUGCAAUUAGUGAGAUGGGCUGAUUUCUGGCACUUUCUGCCUGUUUCUGCUGUAAGUUGGCAGCAUGGGUCAGGGUUAGAUAAUUAUGUCUCUGCAAGAGCUCGGCGAGCUGUGGGAGGGUUUGUACAAGGGCAGAGCAACCCCUGGGACCUUGGGCUGCUUCUGCGGGACAGGCCAUGCCUUUCUGCAACCCCGACGUGGGAGAAGCUGGGAAAUUUCAGCUUAGGAUGCGGAGGAGGCUUCUGAGACGUGGUGAGGAGGUGGAGCAGCUGCCCUUGCAGGGCGCUUGGAGGGGAAAUCCCUGUGCCAUGCCCCCAGCAGCACUGUGCUGGUAAAACCCGGUGCUGCUCAGCAGCGGAUCCUCACUGCCCACCCCAUCAGCUCUGGGGAAGGCGAAGGGUUUCCCAGGGUGGAAUUUCCUGCAGGGCAGAUGCACGCCUGCUUCCCCUUUGACCUUAAACCCCAAUGUGCCUGAGUCAUGAUGGCAUGCAAAUAAGAGCGAGCAGGAGUGGGGGUUGAGGGAGCUGCUGGGAAAAGGAAGUGACCUCAGCCAAGGUUUAAAUAUAGAGCCAAAGCUCUGCUGUGUGCUGGGGCUGUUAUUUAUAAUCACAGAGGAGCGUUUGCUGACUUCUUGCAUCCCUUCUGCAGUCCGGUCUCCCAGAAGGCAGUGCAGAUGGGAUUGUGACAGAAGGGCCUGGGAGCUCCCUCCACUGGUGCUGUGGGACGCUUCAGCCAAUCCAAUGCACCCUGACAACAAACUGCCCAGCCAUGGCAAGGCAGGCAGCAGCGGUGCCCCGGCCCAGCACCACAACGUGAGCCAAGCACCCACCUGCAACCUGGGCUCGAAGGGUGUGGGUGCGGGCAGCCAUGGCGGCAAGGCCACCCAGAUCUCCCCUGGCAACUCUGGACUGAAAAACAGCCAGAACACUGUCCCGAACUUCAGCUCCUUGAAAGGCAAGGUGAAACGGGAACGAAGCAUCUCAGUGGACUCCGGAGAGCAGAGAGAAGCCGGCACCCCGUCGCUGGACACCGAAUCGAAAGGCGACGUGGCUCCCCGCAGCAAGCGGCGGUGUGUGCUGGAAAGGAAGCAGCCGUACAGUGGGGACGAAUGGUGCUCUGGGCCAGACAGCGAGGAAGACGACAAGCCCAUCAGCAGUGCACACAAUUGUAAUGUAGCAGAUCCUGCGAUGUCCACGGCCUCGCAGCUUGGCCCAGGGUCCAACCCGCUGCCAAACCUGAAUGAGACCAGUUCUUCCAGCACACCUCAUGGUACUGCCCCGGGCUUACGGUCGGAUGGUGUGGGAGGUGGAGGUGGUGGAACAGGAAAGCAGCCUUCGCAGUUCGUCUACGUCUUUACAACGCACCUUGCUAACACAGCUGCGGAAGCUGUCUUGCAGGGCCGAGCUGACUCCAUCCUGGCCUAUCAUCAGCAAAACGUCCCGCGGGCAAAGCUAGACCAGGCGCCAGCUCCUAAAGUGCUGGGAGUUGCUGAGCAGGUUCCGAUUAACCCUCCUUCUGCCAACACUCCCCAGUCGCAGCCACCAGCACCUCAAGCAAGUCAGCCACAGCCUCAGCCUCCCCCACCGCAGCCUCCUCCUCCACCUCAGGCCAUCAGUCAGACAGCUCUCCCUGCACCCAACAACCUGCCCCAGGAGGGGACGAGCGAAGAUGUCCGAAGAGAACUGACUCCCAACUCUCUAGGAAACAACAGCGGCAGCAACCAGCCUGGGAGUAACCACCCCAAUACACCCACUGCAUCUACCGCCACCAUGCAGCCUGGGCAGGUGGACUCUGCCACAUCCAGCUCCAACCUCCUCGGGGAGGGCCCGGGCUCAGGGAUGCAGGGGAACGGGCAAGCAGGUCUGGGCUCCAGGAACUCUAUGAACUCAGAAGGGCUCUCGAAGGAGCAGCUGGAGCACCGAGAGCGCUCUCUGCAGACCCUGCGGGACAUUGAGCGUCUGCUGCUGCGCAGCGGGGAGGCUGAGCCGUUCAUGAAGUCCACCCAAAGCAUGGGUGAGGGUGGGACUGGCCCUCAGCCACAGGCUGCCCCUGCACAGCCCCCCGCACCCCCUGCCAGCAUGAAGAAGUACGAAGAGCCUCUGCAGUCCAUGAUUUCCCAGACCCAGAGCCUCGGUGGCCCCAGCCUGGAACACGAGGUGCCCCACCACCCCGGCACUGACAUGGGGCAGCAGAUGAACAUGAUGAUGCAGCGGCUGAACCAGGACAGCCUGACACCAGAGCAAGUGGCCUGGAGGAAGUUGCAGGAAGAGUACUAUGAGGAGAAGCGCCGGAAAGAGGAGCAGAUCAGCAUCCAUGGCCGACCCAUGCAGGAAAUCAUGAUCCCACAAUCUAUGGGCAGCAUGAUGAUGCGUGGCCCCCCCCCACCCUACCACAGUAAGCCCGGGGAGCAGUGGCCGCCAGGCAUGGGCAGCCAGCUGCGGGGACCCAUGGACGUGCAGGACCCUAUGCAGCUAAGGGGAGGGCCACCCUUCCCAGGGCCACGAUUCCCUGGAAAUCAAAUACAGAGAGUCUCUGGCUUUGGAGGGAUGCAGAACAUGCCCUUGGAUGCUCUUGGUCCCAUGAAUGCCAUGCAGAGGCCGGUCAGGCCUGGCAUGGGGUGGAGUGAUGAUCUGCCUCCGAUGGGAGGUCCCGGGAACUUCCCACAGGGUUCCCUGCCCUACCCAUCAGGGCAAGGGGACCCUGAAAGAUUCAUGAAUCCACGUGCUAGGGAGGAGAUUCUGCGGCACCAGCUGAUGGAGAAACGCCCGGUGGCAAUGCAGAGGCCGAUGGGAAUGUCCAGCAACUCCAUGAGCCAGGGUAUGGAAAUGGAGAGGAUGAUACAGGCUCACAGACAGAUGGAUCCAUCCAUGUUUGCUGGGCAGAUAGCAGGGGACAACCUGAGCAGCAACCCGAUGGGAAUGGAUUUUGCAGGAACUCGAGGGAUACUGAGUCCCCCUAUGAGCCAGUCAGGCCUUCGGGACAUGGACGCACCCAUGGGCCCUGGCAACCUCAACAUGAACAUGAAUGUCAACAUGAACAUGAACAUGAACCUCAAUGUCCAGAUGACCCCCCAGCAGCAGAUGAUGAUGUCGCAGAAGAUGAGGGGCCCCGACAUGAUGGCCCAUCAGGGUAUGAGUCCUGAGGAGCUGGCCAGGGCAAGGGCUCAGAAUGGCAACGGCAGUGCAAUGCUGGGGGGACCGCAGAAAAUGAUGAUUCCUUCCCAGUUCCCCAACCAAGGACAACAAGGUUUCUCAAGUGGGCAAGGACCUUACCCCAACAUGCCUCAGGAGAUGGGCAAUGCCUCAGACAUGUUCAGCCCUGAGCAGGGCACCAUGCCUGUCGGAAGCAUCAGUGGUACCACUAGACUCAGCCACAUCCCUCUGCCUCCAGCCUCCAAUCCCGCUCCUGCACAAGGGGGAAACCUGGCCAAUAUGCACCCAGCACCUUCCCGGGGGUUGGGCCGCCGACCCUCCGACCUCACCAUCAACAUCAGCCAGAUGAACUCCCCCAGCAUGGGUCACCUCAAGUCCCCCACCCUCAGCCAGGUGCACUCCCCACUGGUCACCUCGCCCUCUGCCAACCUCAAGUCCCCGCAGACGCCAUCGCAGAUGGUCAGCAUGCCUCCUUCUAACCAGUCGGGGCCCCUAAAGUCUCCCCAGGUGAUGAGCUCCUCGCUUAACGUCCGCUCUCCGACUGGCUCACCAAGCCGCCUGAAGUCCCCUUCUAUGGCUGUUCCUUCCCCGGGUUGGGUGCCGUCUCCCAAACCCACGAUGCCCAGCCCAGGAGUCAAUCAGAGCAAGCAGACGCUCAGCAUGAACUCCUCCACGUCCAUGGCGGGACUGGAUCAGGGUUCUCUCCCUUCUGGGCCCAGGAGUAGUUCUUCCGCACCAGCCAGCAACCAACCAGCCUCUAGCACCAUGAACCCCAACAUGCCUUUUACUUCCUCUCCAGAUCCAUCUCCCUCCCAGAACCCCCUUUCUCUGAUGAUGUCUCAGAUGUCCAAGUAUGCCAUGCCCAGCUCCACACCACUCUACCACAAUGCCAUCAAAACCAUCGCCACCUCUGACGACGAGCUGCUGCCAGACAGGCCUAUGCUUCCACCUGGAAGUAUGGCAGGUGUGACAGGGAAUCAAACGAAUCAGCUGCACUUAAACUCCGUGGGACCUGGAUCCUCCCAGAGCCCCAUGGGAAUCAACCUGCCUGGUCAGCAGCCUCUUUCCCACGAACCACCCCCUACUUCUAUGAUGUCCUCCCCAAACCCGCUAGGCUCCAACAUUCCUAUGCACCCGAGUGCGCCGGGGCCGGGUGUGCCCCCCCAGAACCCCAUGAUGCUGCCCCCAGGGCCCCAGGACUCGCUGAACCAGCAGUGCGGCCCCGUGCCCAACAGUUCCCAGAUGAUUCCUUCCAACCAGCUCGUGUUCCCCCGCAUGCAGCAGCCCCACAACGCCAUGCAGUCUCCUGCGGGAAGCAUGCCCAUGGCCCCUGGUGGGGCAGGUGGCCCUGGCAUGCAGCAGCAUUUCCCACCGGGAAUGUCAUUGCCACCCGAGGACCUUCCUACCCAGCAGCCCGGCCAGAUGCCUCCUCAGCAGCACAUGAUGGGCAAGAACAUCCCUCCUCGGAUCGGCGAGCCCUACCCAGCUGUGCUUCCGGGGGUGGCGUCGGUACUGAACGAUCCUGAGCUCAGUGAGGUCAUCCGCCCCACACCCACGGGCAUCCCCGAGUUUGACCUCUCCAGGAUCAUCCCAUCGGAGAAGCCAAGCAGCACCUUGCAGUAUUUCCCCAAGAGCGACAGCCAAGCACCCAAAUCACAGCCUUCCAACCUCCACCUCAUGAACCUGCAGAACAUGAUGGCUGAUCAGCCCCCCGUGAGGCCAGGUAUGAACGCCCCCAGCCUUCCGGGGCAGCAGGGUGUGCAGAGGGGACUCGGCAUGCCCAUGUGCCAUCCUGGACAAGUGCCCAUGCUGGGCAGGACAGGCAUACCGCCCCAGCAAGGCAUGAUGGGCAACAGCAUGCAUCAGGGCAUGAUGUCUCCGCAGCAGAGCCUAAUGGCCCAGCAGAAUUUCAUGCUGAUGCAGGCCAAGCAGAGGAGCAUGUCUGUGUCGGGGGAGAUGUAUGCCCAGACAGGACACAUCAUGUCACCUCAGGGCUCUCUUAUGGGGCCCCCACCGCAGCAGAACCUAAUGGUCACGCACCAGAUGAGGCAGAGGAGCGUCUCCCUGGACAGCCAAAUGAGUUACAUCCCCGGGCCGGGGAACAUGGCUAACCUGCCUUUCUAAAGCAUGGGCCUGAUUGUACAGAUGUUUUUAAACCUUUCGUUGGGGGCGGGUUGGGGGCCGACGCCAGUGGAGGACACCAAGUGGGAUGCUUUUCAUAUCGGAUUUGCCUCUAUACAGAAAACCAGAUGUGCAGUGAACUUGAUGUGAAUUGGGUUUUGUUUCGGUUUUUUUUUUUUCUUCUUUUUCUUUUUUUUUUCUUUUUUCCUUUCUUUUUUUCAGGGGGAAGGAGCGGGUGGAGGGGCUGGGAGUGGGGCUGUUAAUUUUGAACCCUGUGUGGUGACCAGGGACUUCCAGACCCUGUGGCAGUUUAUUAUUUUCCUCCUUCAGAUGUUUUUCUUUCCUUGCUUUUGUUUCGUUCUUUGUUUGUUUGUUUGUUUUGUGGUUCUGUUUCGUUUCCUUCUCUCUCCCUUUUUUUUUUUUUUCCUUUUAAGCAACCAAACUGUGUAAGAGGGUUUUGGGAACUAGCUGUAAAUAGGUCGCUGAGAAAGGCAAAACUUGUGCUGGUUUUUAAUUGUUCUGUAUUUCUGUGUUUUAAUAGAAGCCUCAAAACAUGUUUAAGAAAAAAAAAAAAAGAAAAAAAAAUGCUGAAGGCAACAGUGUACGAGGAUUGAAAGCUUUCCUUGGGGGGGGGGGCAGGAGGAUCCUCCAGGGUGUGCAGGGCAUUGGGAGAACCCAUUGUAGAGCGACUCUUCGUGUUGGAAUGGUUUGCUGGUGCAGGGUGUACGGCUCCAUGCAGUUCUCAGGCCCCUGUGGAGGCUGUGCUGGGCAUGAGAACACAGCCGGUGGCUGAGGACCAUUGGGCAGGUCAGAGCUGUGGCCCCGACCACUGGAACAGUGCUCGUUUGUCCAGGCAGGGCUGCAGCUCCUUAGGAUACAGCUGUCACUGUUGCUUUGGCUGUGAAAGGGAGGAUGCCAGCCAGCCGGUACAGAGGCAGCAACGAUCCAGGCUCAGCUGGUAAUCACAUGCUGGGCCUGAAGGUCUCCAUCAGUCGUGCUGUCUCUGGGCCUUUCCUUUCCCUUCAUGCAGGGUGCUGUGUAGGGAUGGAGGGACUCUGAGCUGAGCUGGAUCUUUCAUUCUUGUGCUUCCAGGAGAGUAGCUGGGAACCCUGCUCUUCUGCAGCCUUCCUACACCAGUCCUUUACCACCCAUCACCCUCCAUGACCACACCACAUCCCCUCCCCCUCUGCUGUUGGUCUCCCAGGUCUUCCUUCCUCACACUGCCCUCCUCCGGGCUUUCGUGGGCGUUUUCUGCUCCUCCCUGCCCUGAACUCCCUGCAGCAACCCCGUCCUGCUGCACUGGGAGGCACUGCCGUUGAAGAUCCUAGAAUGGCUCAGGUUGGAGGGGACCUCAGAGCCCACCCAGUGCCACCCCCAGCCAUGGGCAGGGCUGCCCCCCACCAGCUCAGGCUGCCCAGGGCCCCAUCCCACCUGGCCUUGAGUGCCUGCAGGGUGCCCUCCCUGCCUGCAGUGCUGCAUUUCUGAAUCGGAGUUGUGUUGUGCGAUGUCAGCUGCGUGCCACGAGCUGUCCACAGGCUGCCCUGCAUUUCUGAUAGAAGAGGCUGAGGUUCUUAUUGCUAGGCUGGUGGAAGCUGUUUGAACAACUCAGGCUCUUCUGGAUGUGCUUCACCCUCCCCAUCCUCCAUUUUGUAAGGUCUUCCUGCAUGCAGCACUGGUGUUCUUUCCUGUGUUUGUUCACUGAAGGGGCUGUAGGAUUAAGCACGUGCCCUUCUGCACACAUAGGGUCUCUGGAUCUCUGCAGGACCCCAUUCCAGCAUGGUGUACCCCAUGGGUAUCCCACUGUGAACUCAGGGCAUUUGAUUGCCACAUGAACACCAGUUGGAGGAUUAUCUCUGCAAAGCCAGACUUUGCUUACUACCUCUCUUGUAGCAGCACUCACUUUUCCCUAUUGGAUACCACAGAAGGAAAGGGAGAUUGUCAAGGAGGGACAGAAUGGCAGAGCUUUUUGUCAUCUUGCAAGCUGCUGGAAAAAGGUGUUGGGUGCUGAAAUGUCAGCCCAGUGGCUGUGUUGAUCAGAUGUGUAAUGAGAUGUGGCCACAUAAUCUAAUGAGGAAUACCUUGAGCCAAUGGGGUAUUUUGUAGAGAGCAGUGUAAGGCUGGAAGUGCAGCUCUGGAUUUGAGAAAGGACUUCACUCUGCUCUCACGUUUUGUGGUGUUUGCAAUCUGACUGAGCAUCAUUUUCAAAGGUGCGAUGCCGGAAAGUGCUCAUCCCUGCCUUGGCAUUUAGAGCAAAGAGGAACAGGCUUCAACCCAGGGCUAAGUCAGUGCGCUUUGGACCUGCUGUUGUAGCUGUUUGAAUUCUCCAUCCUUUCAGAGUGUGCAUUUCACGUGGGAGGAUGUGGCUCGAACGCAUGCAGCUUCUUCUCAACUUGAGUGGCCUGAAUGGCUGUGGCUUCUCUUGGCUGCACCUCGGGGUGUUGGCUGCCGGUAUUUGCUUGUAGACAUCCAAACACCACUGCCAGCCCCCUGCCCUGCUCAUCACCCGCCAGCUGGUCUCAGUUAAUUUUAAGCCAUACUAUUUUCUAUACAAGGAAAGUUUUUUGUUGGUCUGUUCUAUUGGCCCCGUUGAGAUCUCCGCCUGCCGGUACGUUCCCUGCAGACCCUGGGCAGCCUGACAGCAGGAGGGAGACCUGUCCCCCCACUGAUAAAUAACUAAGAAGUAAAGCCUUUCAACUCAGCAGGCCUGUAUACAAAAGGGAAAUCCUGGCAUUAUUUCAGAGCUGCGGACUUCCAGAGCAGCAGUCGGGGCUCCUCUGCAAAACCGUGCUGCCCCGAAGCCAGCCAGCCCUACCCCGACUGCUGUGCUGGGUGGGCCGUGGGGAGAGGAGGUGCUGCAGGGCAGCUCUGCCUGGACGUUGCUCCCAGCUGUGCCCGAGAACAGCACUAACCCUGUCAGACCGGGGCGCAUUGCCGUCAGCUGGUUGCCCGCUGCUGUGAGCUGUGUCUGUUCUCAUGUCUCGUAGUUUAUUGCUCAGCAUCUCAGCUUGAGUUCUGUGUACUGACUCCACCUAAUCACAGUAAAAGGUUUGCCCAUGUUUUAACCAUGACGUUGCAAUGUUUUUUCAGCUCCAAAAAGUAAUCAUUGGGAAACAGCAUCUUUCAGUCGAAUAAUCAAGCACCUGGAAUUAGCUUUCACAUUGAGGUAAUGGUGACUGACCUGUUCUCUAUCAUCCCAUGGAGAAACUUCCCCAGUCAUUUUGUACCAUUAUAUAAAUAUAUAUAUAAAUAUAAAUAUAUAAAUACAAUAUGUGAAGACAUCUUAUUGGUUUUUAUUUGAAACAAUUUUUAGGCUUGUUUUUGGGUAUCUGUGCUGCCUGUAAUGUAUUGACCUGUUUUAUAGGUGCCUUUUUAUUAAAAAGACAAAUUUCAAAACCUGACCUCGUGCCUCUCGUCCGUGCUCUGUGUGCUGUCCUGCAGGGCUGUCCGCUGCAGUUGGAACUUCCUCGAGGUGAAAUUCUGCUCUCUGCAGUCAGCUGAGUGGUGCUUCCCAUAGGCUGCAAGGAGGGGAUGGCCCAGCCGUGCAGCUCUGUGUGGUUCCAUCACCUAUGGAGGGUUUUGCUGCCUAAGUCUGGGCUUUGUUGUUGUUCUGUCCCAUCGUCUGCUGUGCCAGCACAUCCUGUAGCCUGUGGGUGUCCAACAUUUUGGCUUCCCUGGGCUGCAUGUACGCAGCUCGCUCCGAAAUUAAUGCCUCCUAUAUAUUUCCGUGGAAACUGCAUCUGAUACAGUGAGCACAGUAACUUUGCUUGAUAGAGCAAAUUCUCAGCUACAACAUGCUAUUUUUUUUUCAACACAGUCCCCACUGUGAGCUAUGCCUUCUGUUCGGUCUCCAGAAACAUUCACCAAGCGUCAAUGGAUAUCAGUGGGUGAUGUUUUUUCUGCAUGUAGGAAUUCAAUGACACACCUUUGCAUCAUCUGCACUUCCGUGUCAGACACCACUGUGUCAGACUGCCCCUCUGCUGCCGUCUGUCACACGGCAACAACAUGGGAUGGGAUAUUGGUGGGAAGGUUCCACCUCUACUGCUGUACCACCACCAUCCGCCUCUGAUGUGGUGGGGUGAUAUCAUAAAACAGGAGGCAUUACUUUUGGAGCAGCCCUCCUAAAAGACAGGAUGUAGUCAAUGUAUGUAAGUAACAACACUUAUUUUAAUCUUUAAUAUUUUUAUUAAAAUGGUAAAAAGAGCAGCAAAGCCAUCAAACUAGUGGGAUCUGUGGCCUUGCUGUUGUGAAGCUAACGCAUCAGCGUGGUUCGGUGGCAGCGGUCUCACGGUGCUGGUCAGAGAUGUUGGAUGAAAUAUUACUCUUCUUUCUGUGCCUCAUCCCUCAACGUGGUUGCUCACAAAUGUCCAUGCUGCCAAAGCCCCAUGGCCCGGGCUCAGCCCACAGAGUGCCCGCAGUGCAGUGCAGGGCAGAGCUGCCACCACGAUGUGGGGCUGUGGGUUGGACAUGGCUGCUCCCACCUCUGUGGCUUGAGGCAGUUCUUCAACUGCUGUUAGUGAGAAACAGCCUCGUUUUCCUCUGCUCCCUGCUGCUGCAGGUCCUGUCCUAGCGCUGUUUGAGCACACCUGCUCCCAGCCACCCCUCCUGGGCAGCGGUGGGUGACGGAGCGGGGCCCAGCUGCACGCACUGGGGGCUCGGGGUGAGGACGCAGGUCCUCUUCUUGAUAAGGAAAAUGAAACCCCGUGUGAGUCACAGCGAGCUGCACGAAGGCGUGCGGGCAGCCCCAGUUCUGCAGCACUCCCAGGCACACGUUCAUUCAUGCAUUCACUGGCUCGCGUUUUGUGCACGCUCUGCUGCCUGUCACGGCCCCACGGCCGCUGUGUGGGGCAGGGUGCUCUGCUAAAACACCCCAGUGGUGUCCCCUGGGCGGCUCAGUUCCCUCUUGGGGAAUACGAAGCAGCGUGCUGCUGUAGGAGAUGCUCUUCAGAGGACUGUUCUAUGAACGCCUUACAUUUCAGGAGCUCCCUUGUCAUGUCAGAAUCUGUCAGCAGGUCAUUCAUCUCCCCCUGAGCUGGGAUGGUCUGACAUGACCCGCUCCGUGAUGGCUGCUGUCUGCAGUGUGGCUCUGGAUAUGGGGAGGUGAAGCUGUGACUGCACUUCUUGUUGAUGGGUUGAACUUCAGAAUGGAUUUAGACACAAAAAUCCCUCCCGUGGUGGCAAAACUGGUGUUGUGCCAACUUAGCAUAAGCACUGAGGUGAGUAGAACAGCAGAUUCUAAUGUGUUCCAGUGGUUGGGGUCAUUCCCGUAUGACAGUGUGUGUGUGACUGUCAUUAAGUGGAGGCCAAAGCAGUGCUUGGCUAAUGAGAAAAAUGUGAGGAAGCAACACUGUGUACGUGCUGAUGCAUUGCUUGGACAAGACUUAGUAGGAAGCAGCAAGCUGCACAAGUCUGUUGGGGCUGCCCUGCGUGCCAGCUUGCAGUGCCAUCAUUAAUAGUGGCAUAAAGCUGCCACUGGACCAGCUUGCUAUCAAGAAGCCCUGAUGUUGCUGGAUGCUCGUGGUGCAGGGCAAGAUCAGCACUCAGGAUUGCUCUACGUGAACCCGGAUAUUGGAUGCACCCCCUCUCUAAAGGCCCCGUGUGUGCAGGUGGAGCAAGGAUAUCUGAAAGCACAGUUCGAAGCAAAAUGCAGCGCUGCCUCUCAGCACACUGAGAACAAACAGAAAUGAUGCAAAUGAGGUCUUCUCCUGUGUUUUACCGUACUGUGGGGCAGAAUGCACAAAGCGAUGUACAGUGAGCUGCAAAAGGAAAGGGGAGGGGGGGGGUAAAGAUUACACCUUCAGCCUCACAAAGAUGUGCGGUUCGUUUUCUCCGUGCUCAGUCACAAGACUGAGCCAUCUGUUCAGACAGUCAUCUUCCUUAAAAGACAGCUUUUGCAUACUCAGGCAUUCGCUUCAGCAAAUCGCUCGCUGUAGCUGUGAGCAAAUGAAGUGAAUGGGGAGGGAUGUGGCUGAUGUCAGGAGAGGAAUCGGCAGCAGUCAAACCCGAGUCCGAGGCCUCCUGGGGUGAGCUGUGCUGGGAAAGGCGAUGUGCAGUGGCUGGACGGCAGGACGUCACGCAGCAGGAGGAGCAGUGUUCCACCCAGAGACCGUGUGGCCUUUGUCACUGGGAUGAGCCCUGGGUACCCUGAUGGUCUCGCCUGCACCUCUUGCUCUAGCUACCACGGUAAUUGUCCCCCAUUGCUUCCUCUGAGCAAAGGGGUGCUUCAGUGACGCGAGCAGGUGAGAUGGGAACCUGCUUGGUCCUUUCCUCAGCCCUCACUCACUGAUGCAGCUCCACUUCCACUUGGCUGUGCGUUUUUCCUGCCCUCCCCACCCUCCCCCCCCACCCUGUGACUCAGUCUUGCAUCUGGCUCUGUGCACAGGACUCCUGCAGUCGGUUUGGUGAUGGGGAUGUGGUAACAACAGGUUCAACCUGCUUUGGUUCCUCCAUCCCCGCCAGAGUGACAGUCGGACAGUCGGCAUUUGCCAACAGCUGCCAGACUGAUUUUGGUACGUAUGUGAACCAGAAGGAACCACAGAAGCGACGCGGUGGGGUUUGGGUGGUAGGUAGGUGGCUGUCAGACCUCGGCUUCCUGAGGAAUGAGGAGAGUGGUGGGGACACUUGUGAAACUUAGGACUGGGACACAGUACAGAUACUGCUGGACAGGUGCGGCCAGGCCGUUUCUGCCCUGCGGCAACCUUUCUGAGUUAGAAAGUGGAGAUGGAGGUGGUGUUGUCAGACUCGAUUCCGCAGCCCUUCCUCGUCACCUCUAGGAUCUCCUGUAGGGUCUCCUGGCUUAUGCAGCCCAGCUCGUGCAGGAUACGGAAGAAGUCGUUACGGAACUUGACCCCAAUGAAGGCAUAAAUGAUGGGGUUGAGGCAGCAGUGCGUGAAGCCAAUGGCCUCUGUCACCAUGAUGGCGGUGUCCAGAUGAUCUUCCAGGAGGCAGUCCUUGGCGAAGGCUUCUAGCUUGGUCAGGGUGUUCAGAAAGAUGACGAUGUGGUACGGGCUCCAGCAGAGCAGGAACACACCGGUGACCAGGAUGGCCACGCGGACAGCUUUCUGCCUUUGCAGGCGCUGGGACUGACACAGAGUGCGGACGAUGGCCAUGUAGCAGUAACACAUGACCAGCAGGGGCAUGAAGAAACCCACGCUGUGGUACAGGAAGCGAGUUGCCAGCCACACGUUGUUGCCGUGAAUCCCAGCCUCUGGAAAAUAGCAGAUGCUGCGGUUGCUCUCAUCUGUCCACACCUCCAUGAAGAUGAGAUCGGGUAAGGUCAGGAGCAGGGAGGAGAGCCAGAUGGCCGUGCAGGUGAGGUGGAUGGAGCGAGCUCUGCGUUUGCGGUAGGUGUGGAUUGCAUACACGAUGGCCAAGUAGCGGUCCACCGCGAUGCAGCCCAGCAGCAUGCUGCUGCAGUAGAAAUUGAUCUUGUGGACAGCACUGAGGAUCUUGCAGAGGAAGGUCCCAAAUACCCACCCAGCCAGGCUUUCAACCACGCUGAAGGGGAAGGUGAGCAGCAGUGCCAGGUUGGCCAGGGUGAGGUGGAAGAGGAAGUUUUCGGUGGUUGUUCGAGACCGUUUGAACCUCUCCAAAAUGACAAGGACCAGGGCAUUGCCCACAGUUCCCAGCACGAACAUAAGCAGAUAGGCGAGCGGUAUGAAGACCUUCCUGAAGGGGUCUCUCUGGUUGCCAACCACAGAUGACGAUGGAUUGAAGCAAAAGUAGCCUUCCAAGGAAGGAGUGGUGUUCUCGGCCUCAUAGUAACCGCUCAGCUCCACCAGGCUCUGGGGAACAGAGAGUCUGGUUACAGGAGGGCAGCUUCUGAACAGAGGAACCCAAUCACCCCCAAACCCCCCCCACUGCGGGGGGCUGCGCACUCCCUAAUCAUUAGCCAGCACACUUGGGGAUAUUCUGGCUGCCAGACAGAGAACCACUUUCAACUUCUGUGUUUUGCUGAGCUACCUGCUGGAGGCAUUUGAUUUUUUACAACACUCAUCUCCGAGUUUUUUUCCCACCUACCCGUAGCACAGCCUGUCCUGCCUGCUGACAGGUACAAAACGGCUGGAGGAGUGAAUGCAUCAGAGGAACUGGGAUGCCACAGCUACAGGGAUGAUUCAGGGGAGGGAAAUCUGCUCUGCUGAUGAACCCUGUGGUUCUGAAUUAAUUGCAGUCAAAGCCAGAAAGAGAAUCUGAAAACACCACUCAGACCUUGGGCUGACAGCUGGUAAGGAAAGCGUGGUAGAGCUUCUGCAGAUGGUGGGCAUGCUCUGUCCUCAGGCACUUGGCAGAAACUUGCUGCUAACAAAAGCAAAGGGCUCAGAUGUACACUCAGCACGGGAGGCUUGUGGCAAGCUCAGCCAUCACUGACAAAACGGGAAGAGCUCCACAAUAGUUGUUGUGCACUCCCCCACCCACCGCCUCUCUGGAGACCAGCCUUGAGACUUGAGCAUCAACCACAGAGGAAGUCUUUGCUUGCUGCUUUCAUACCUUUCACUGCCAGCUGUGGCUGUUUGCACCUGCUGCGCCUUCACUCGGCAGCCAAAGUUCCCAUCUAAAAAUACUAGCCCUGCUUUAGACAGCUUUAGAGCUAAUCUGGGGGGAUUUUUUGCCCUUUCCUCCUCUCCCUGCAUGUGCUAAGUCAAGUGACUGCAAGUGACCUCAAGUCCUGCACUGUACUUCGUUAGGAAGGGCGACUGCGUUUAUUCUUGGUUAAAAGCCUUCCCCGUGUGAUGUGCUGGGUGCCUCUGCAAGCAACCUCCUCAGGUAAGGAGCUGAUGUGGCAGUGCUCAACUCAAACUGCUGCACUGCUGAAACCACGUGUGUGGCUUCGAGGGGAGCCUGGGGUUGCUGAAGAAGCCGAAGUCUACAGAGCAUUACUGAAUGCGUGCAAAAGGCUUGGGUGGUCCUCAGGUAGUGGAAGGUAGCAGGGUAAGCAGUCCCUGGGGGAAGGUGUUGAAUCACAGAAUGGUUUGAGUUGGAAGAGACCCUCAGAGGCCGCCUGGUGCCAUUCCCUGCAGUGCACAGGGACAGCCACAGCUCCAGCAGUGCUCAGAGCCCCGUCCAGCCUGACCUUGGCUGUCUGCAGGGACGGGGCACCACUGCCUCUCUGAGCAAUUUGGCACAAUGACCAAACUGGGCUGAUCAGGACUUGGGGUGAUCAUGCUGGGGAAUCCCAAGGGGAACACGUUGGAAUGGGCAUAGCUUAACCGGAGAGAGGUUGAACAAUUUAUAGGGUUUUAAAGGGAAAAAUGAAAUGAUGGGCAGUGGCUGGGUGUGAUGGCCAGAGUGCUGGAGCGCUGCGUGGAACCACACCAGCUGCAGGUGAGGGGUGUGUGUGUGUUGUGAAAUGGCUUUGGCUGCAGAAUGGUUUCCAGCGUCACCCUACAGUCAGAGCUGGAGGUGCAGAGGCCACUAUCAGCCACCAUCUGAUCGCAGAUAAGAUGGCAGGUAGGGCUCUUACUGUAAGCCACUCGCUGCGGGCAGAGGAAGUGUGCGCAGAGCUGUAUCUGAGGCAUCCUCUCAUGUGCAUCUCCGAGCAACGAGUGUGGGUGGGAGCAGACAGAGAUGAGUUGAAGAUGAACCUGAAAGAAUGAAAUGUGUGUAUCCAGGCUCAGAUUGGAAGGGCAGAUGACCAGAGCUGCAGGAGAUGCACUGAAUGCGACAAGCCAAGGCUCGUGCUGUGAUUGCUCCUCUCAGACUGGAAGCGUGCGGCCACCUGGCCUGGCAAUAGUCCACACGUGGGCACCUUUGCAAAGGCAGUAACAGCCAGAGCAAUGUGUGUGUGUGCUCUGCUGGGGAAACACAAAAGAAAAGUGGGGCGUUUUCCUGAAACUAAGCAGUAAAAUGCGUGCCUGCAUCUGUGGCAACGGGAGGCACGAUCCUGUCACGCUGUGUUCAGGGAUCCCCUCCAUCCCACACUGCAGUCACGCAGACCUCCUCUGCACGUCAGCUGCUUUUCUCAGUUCUGCACAACUGCCAGCAGUCAAAACAUUUGCCUGUAGAAGAGCAGCAGCAGUCUGUGCGCUAUUAGGGAUUUUCCAAGUGACUCAUUCCCUUCCAGCCCAUCCAGGGCCAGGAGAAGCAUCUCGCAUUCCCAAAGCCUUAAAACAGAGUUUGCCCACUUUGGUGCGCAGCUCUGCAAGCUGCUGACAGCAAUCCUGCUCCUCAGCUCUCUAGGGGCUGAGGGAGAGAAGCACAUACAUAAGAGCAAACAUCAUGCUCCUGCCGUGCUGGUGCCUUUUAGCCUCUUGAGCUACAUCAGCCCUGUGAUAAGAAUUGGCCUUCAGUACCACGGAAGACCACAUGGAGAUCUCAGUGGUCGUUCUGCAGCAUUUUUCUCUCUGUAGUCUGCAGCUGGGGAAGGUUAAGCAGGCAAAGUUUUCUUGCUAUGGAGAACUGGGGUCAUAAUUUUUGCUGUGUUACUUUUCCACAACGUUACAGAGAUAGCAGGGCAGCAAAGCUUGGUCAGGGCUCCUGCUGCACUCGCUGGGCAAUACUGAGAUAAAUGCCCUCUCCGUGCAAACAUUCCAAUUGUUUUCAGCCUGCAUUUGUCCCCUUGGCCAGCUGGUCCUCUCCUGUUAGUGCAGGUUUGUGUCACUGCUUUGUUAGAACAGUGCUGAGGCCUUUUUGCAGAUCUCUCUGGACACGCUGUUGAUGCAGUCGCUGCGUGUGGCAAUGUGUGGCACCCCCGGUCCACACGUGGCACUGCUCUGUGUGAUCUAUGGCCUGUUCCAGGGAGGAACAAGCCCUGUUUGCCAUGGAUUUUUUAUAUUGCAUAAAUUAGAACAAAUAAAAAGGGUAGGGAUGCCCCUCCCCACCCAGUUCUUCUCUUUUUUUUCCCCCCAACAUAUAGGAAGGAGACAGAAAAAUAGGCAAAAAUUAAAUCCAGCAUUUCUCUCCGGGACAGAAAAUAAACAAAAACUGAGGUCUGCUGCACAGAGCCACGAUAUGAAAACAGAAAUCCCGAGUUGCAAAGUUAAAGAACUUGGCUAAUGAUAGCACUGCUGUGGACUUCCCCUCAGACAGCGCAGAGCGCUCUAAAAGGUACAGCUGCUGUCUUUCACCUGCAACCUCAGGGCAGAGAACUACAGGGCAGAAUACAUGGUGUCAUCAGUCUCAGUUAGAAGAAGUGUUUGCAAUUUAUCUUCCUCAUUUUCUAAGUCCCUUCUCGUAAGUUAAGUGCACAUUUCCCUCCUGGUGGAGCCCCAGGCAGCCUGCUUGCAGGGAAGGCAGGCUUUACCCCCACGUUGUGUCCAUGCCAACAGCCGUGCUGAGAGCAGAGAUGGGUUUCCCUAUGGGAUCCCAGCUGGGAAGCGUUCGGAUCAAUGGGCAGCACAGAGCAGAGGAUGGCAUCAGUCAGGGUCUCCUGGUGAGGCUCUGGCCUUUCCCACAGGAGUUGGGGAUUUGGGGGUUUCUGCACGGGAGCAUUUUGCACCCCCAGACUGUCAGGGGUUGCAUUGCAUUAGCUCUCCACAAACACAACCGUCAUUUUUAAGUUCCUCUAUCCCUCAAGUCCAGAAUUAAGGGAUAUGAAGUCUAAUUGUGUGGACGUAAGUAAUUGCUCGGGUCCUCUUGUUUCUAACAGAAGCCAUUAGAAGACGGUGACAUUGCAACCAGGUCCUUCAGCCCACCCGCAGCUCUGCCAGCUCUACCCCCUCCUUCUCUCCAACAAGCAAAGCCAGGCCAAACUCACCAAGUCAUAGGUCUCUGAUGAGUAGCUGACAGGCCCCAUGGUGUCAGGAUCUGCCUCUUCUCCAGCAGGUCAGCAAAAGUUCUUCUUUUUCGGGGUGGAGUUAGUCAUUUAAGUGAGCAGGGAGGGACCCAGCAAGAAACAAUAGAGUAUUUGCAAGGCAAAUGAGCUCCAAGUGAAGGGUGAUCUAUAUGAUGUAAAGAUUGGCCUCUCGCUUUAUCACUUUUUCUUAAGUGUUUUGAUUUUCACAGCGAAGCUUGAAAAAUCCACAUCCCUUUGGUCUGUAACGAGAAGAUCCAUGAGGUCCACGAUUCCAUCCUGCAAACAUCCAGGGCUCUUGGCUGCUACUGUCCUAGCCCAGGGCAAUCUGAAAGCUCUGUGCCCAAAACCUCACCGGGUCUGGAUGCCCUCUGGAGCUUUGUAAGACUUUGCAGACAUCAUUACUCACAUCUGCAUAACCAUUAUCCUCUGCCAGGGUCUUCCUGGCUGCUCCAGCCCCAGGGACCUCCAGCCGUCCUCUAUCUCCUCCUGCUGCUUCGUCCCUUGUUGCACUCACACUGGAGUGCAGAGGUUGCUGAUGGAAAGGGCUGCCUAAGUGGCUGCUCUGCAGUUCUGGAGAAGGGCAUUAGUUAGCAUGCUGACUGAUUGAGAAAUUAAUUGAAAGUUUCUAAUUUGAGGAAGGCAGGCACGAGCGUGCGGGAGCCUCUGUUUGAGCAAGAAGCCUGGCAGGAGUCACACGGGUGAGGAAGGAGACACUACUCUGGUUGGUACAUGCUAUUUCCUGCACCUCUCUCUGCAAAGCGUGAUGCCCAGCCCUGCUGAGAGCUGAGAAAAAACACCCAGGCAGCACAGAUGUAGCAGAGCAGAGAUCUCCCAGUGCUGAGUGCUGUGGCCAGCAGCCAGCCAGCAGCACGGCACAGUGCUUUGAUGGAGGUUGGGCUCCAUUUGGAAACACCCGGCCCCAUCCAGACUUUGCGAAGAGAAACAGCCCCAAAAGAAGUUAAUUCAUUUUCAUCUAUUCUGGAGAUCAGAACAGCAGCAUCCCCUGCAUGCAGGCUGCUUUUGAGGGCAGAGACAAAACAAUGAUCUAAAAGUGGCGGCAGAUGUAAGGAACAAGGAGAAAUAGAAACACCACGUGAGAAAAACAAACGGAUUUCCCUUUUAUGGGGAAAAAGGGGGGAAAGGGAAAGAAGAAAAAAAAAAGGAAAAAACGAAAAAAGAAAAAGGGAAAAAAGGAGGAAGGAAAAAGGGGGAAUAAGGGGGGAGAAGGGGGAAAAAAAAAGGAAAAAAAAGAAAAACACGUGAGUGGAAAGACGCAGCGCUAUGGUAUCCCAGCGCUACAGCCCUUUUGCCAGCAGCCCGGCACUGCCCCGCUCCGCUAUGCUACCCCGGCCCUUUCCCCCGGAAGUCCCACCCAGAAGGCAGACCGGAAGUGCGCCGCGGGCCGAGGCCCCGCCCCGCGCCUCAAUUCUGCUCACGUGACCGCGGGAGCACCGCCCGGGAGCCCACGCGUGGCCAGGCGUGGUGUGCGUGCGUACGUACGUACGUGCGUGCGAGGCGGGGCGACGUGCCGUGCCCUACCCUGCCGGGAGGGGGAGGGCGCACGGGAGGAAGGAGGAAGCCGCCAUCUUGGAGCGUCGAGUCGCCAUAACAAGGCACCCAGUGGGAGCGAGAGGAUUUUUUUACCUGGGCGAGGGGGAGCGCGGCUGGUGGCGAUUGAAGCAAGUGAAUUCUGAUAUAACUCAGCUUUGUUAGAGGGCUUUUUUUUUAAA